GUUCCUAGGAGUCAAGUUCAAAUCUGUGACCUUUAAAGAUUCGGUUUUUAAGUCCUGUACCUUUGAGGAUGUGACUUCUGUCAACACCUACUUCAAGAACUGCACCUUCAUCGACACCGUGUUCGACCACACAGACUUUGAGCCAUACAAGUUCAUCAACAGCGAGUUUCAGAACUGCUCCUUUUCCCACAACAAGACGGGGUGCCAGAUCACCUUCGACGAUGACUACAGUGCCUACUGGAUCUACUUUGUCAACUUCCUGGGGACGCUGGCCGUGCUGCCGGGGAACAUCGUCUCCGCUCUGCUGAUGGACAGAAUCGGGCGCUUGACGAUGCUGGGUGGCUCCAUGGUGCUGUCGGGCAUCAGCUGCUUCUUCCUGUGGUUCGGCACCAGCGAGUCCAUGAUGAUUGGCAUGCUGUGUCUGUACAAUGGGCUGACCAUCUCCGCCUGGAACUCGCUGGACGUGGUCACUGUGGAGCUGUACCCCACAGACCGCAGGGCGACGGGCUUCGGCUUCCUGAACGCGCUCUGCAAGGCGGCGGCCGUGCUGGGGAACCUGAUCUUCGGCUCCCUGGUGGGCAUCACCAAGGCCCUCCCCAUCCUGCUGGCCUCCACCGUGCUGGUGUGCGGGGGGCUCGUGGGGCUGCGCCUGCCGGACACACGGACCCAGGUCCUGAUGUGAGGGAGUCCGACGCGACGCCGCUGCGACCGGAAGCCUCGCUGCAUCUCCUGCUGCCCCUCCGUGUGACCACACAGGUGUCCCCGCCCUCCUCUCCUCCCAAACACCAGGGCCGCUCGCUGAGGGGCCCUGGCCAGUCCAGCUGCAGACGCGGUCGAGCUGGCCCGGGGCAGCCACUUGCUGCGCGUCUGUGCUGAGAGGGCGUCCCCAGCAGAGGGACAUUUCCUGUUUUCUGAGGGGACAGCCCGCAGUUCUCGCUGUGACAGCACGUGGGCGCAGCUGCGGCUGGGCAGGGCUCUUUGGGGCGAGCUGGUUCGAGUGAUGGAAGGUCAGGCUGUGCCCUCAGCUGGAAUCUGCGGGAGCUGCAUCUGCAGAGGGUGUGGCCUGUCCCAGGAAGUUUGAGAAGUGUGAGGCGUCCAGGGCCGGGACCUGUGGUACAGACAGCUGGGAAUGAGGUCAGCCGGAGAGCCCUGCCUCGAUUUCCCCUCACCACAGACGGCAGUCAGGGUAGGGCGUCUCUUCACCGAGCUGUGUGCCCCUCCCGGAAGCCUGGGUCCCCAGGCCAGCUCUGGGCUGGGGGCUGCGGCAGAUGGACGAGGCUCCCACCAGAGCCGUGUGGGAAGAGGGGCAGCCCUGGCCCCCGCCCCACCCUGCUUUGGUGACAGUCGCCGGUGGCCUCCCAGGCACAUCCUGUCCCUCCAGCUCCCCUGGGCUGGUGCCCCAUCCCUCUGCAGCCAUAGGGCCUGCCUCCUGGGGCGCACAGGGACAGGGACAGCAUCUGCUCGGCCCCCAGCUGCUCCACCUACCUCUGGAGUCUGCGUGGACCGUGUGACCUGCUGCUGCCCGAGCCGGUCUGCAUCAACCUUUGAGUUUGAAGCUCCCUCUGCCACUUCCAGGAUGAGCAGCAGCUGGGGGGGGGGGGGGGGGCAGGGGGCCUGUUUACACCUGAGUCCUCUCCAGGCCUUUGGAGGUGACCCUUGCUGUAGUGUGGCUCCGGUACAGCCCCGGCCUCUGCCUCCGCUCAGUCCCAGAGGCCCCGCCCCCCCUCCAGGCCUGCAGGUGCCCAGACCCCUGAGAAGCCACCAGUCUCCUCCCCCAGCCCCCCCCACCCAGUGCAGGCCUGGAGGGGAGGGGGGAGGGGGAGGCUCCCUGGGCAGAGCAUCAGGAAACUGAAACCAGGAACAGGGAAGACAACAGGAAGCCGGAACCCCCGUCGGGCCGGGACGGAGCUACCAAGAGCGAAGGGCAGGUCAGGAAGCCGAGGUUGCCGUCCCCCACCGCCCAGGACUGCCGACAGAGUCAGCCCCCGGUCUGCCGUCUGAGCUGAGUGCAGACAACCAGAUAGGCGCCUGGGCCCCUGCCCCGUCUUCGGAGGUGCUCAGCCCUGCCUUCUCCCACGGGGUCUCCCGAGCCACAGGGCACGGCUGCUCAGAGCUGCGUCCUUGUGAUGGGCCGUGUCAGCGGAAGCCUGCUUCCCGAGGCUGGCCUUGCUGCCCAGCCCGAGCCCGGGCGCCCAGGAAGGGGCUCCGGGCAGUCCGACACAGCUUGUCUAGGCCGCCUUUCCGCUGCCCUCCUCGCGUCAUUCUCCACCUCGGCUGUCCGAGCACCCGGGGUUUUCCGAGCGCACGGUGCCCGGCUCGCUGUGGGUUUAGCAGGAGAUUGUGCUUUGGCCGUGUGGUCAGACAGCAGGUGUUCCCACGUGUGCCAGCGGCUGGCCCCCCAGCACCCCUGCGAUGGGAGGAGAACCAGAGGCUGUGCACAGAUGCACCACUAGGGGGCAGCCGCACGCACUUGUCUGUGCUGCUGGUGAGAACCAGAGUGCUCCCUAGACCCCUGAAGGUCCCCAGGGUAGGGAGAUGGCAGCCGGGGUCCUGCAGCACCCAGCUUAUCUGUGGUGCUGCUUCCUGGGUGACCUCACACCCAGGGUCCUGAUGGGGAGACGAGAUGGAGGGGUUCUGGGCCAAGCUCCACCCCUGAGCCCGGUGCAGCCCAUGCACUGGGAGUAGGAAAUGGCUGCAUGGCUGUGGUCCUUGGCUUCCCCAUCUGUACAGGGAGGCUGGGACCCCCGCAGAGUGCCAUGAUGGCAGCUGUGUCUGCUGAUGGCACUGGGGCUAGACCCUCACGGACAAGCCCCCGCGGGGCUGGUGUGCAACCAAAGCACUGGGGAGUGCUCAGAAGCCCCGGGACUUCCUGGGGAGGUGGUCCCCACGUUGUCUGCUGCCAGCUCCCCAGGAACCUGAGCUCCGUCUCAUGUUGGCACCGGCUCCACAGCUCCCCCUGCCUGUCUAGGAAAGGCACCCAUGUUCCGAUCACGGCCCUGGCACAGAGACCGCUUCAGGCCUCAUCUUCCUGAAUCCAGCAUCACCCAGGCCCCAGCCAUCAGAACCGAGUCCUCGGUGGCCCCGUGCACCUGGGCAGGAUCCCUUCAUUCACAGAUCUCACCGAGUCAGACUUGGGGCUCGCACGGGCGUUUCCGUGGCUGGUCAGCAGAGAUGGGGGCGGUGGAGAGCGGGAAGAGAAGCCCUGGGAAGUUCGCAGAGAGGGGUCAGCGCCGUGCGCCCCCCCCCCCAACCCGGCCGUCACACCCAGAGUGCAGGGCGGGGCCCUUUGUGAUCCCCUCUGCCGCCAAAACAGAAGGCAGUGUUCCUGCUCCUAGUCCAGUGCCUGCCUGGCCGGGCACUGCGGCUCCGAGAACAGUGAGGCCACAUGCCAGGCAGCUGGGGGAGUGCACGCUCAGGGUUCUGGUGGGGGCCGCGUGCCCCCCAGUGAGGAUGAGCUCGGAGCAGAGCUGCCCUGUGCUCUGUGGGAUGUAGGCAGCAGGUCUGUGCCUCCUGUUUGGCGGGUGUGCAGUGGUGUCCUGAGGAGUGUUCUGUCCCCACGGUGCCCCUCGGGGCUGAGCCAGGGAGCAGGCGGAGCCAGGAGGCCCCCUCCGGAGCACAGCCAGCUCCCUCCUGACGCUGAGGGUUUGUGACGGAGCGAAACUGCCUUUGCGGGCCCCGUGCUCCGUGCUGGCCUUCCACCCUGCAGGAGAAGUGAGCUGGAAAACAGGGCCUGGCGGGCACGGCAGGGGUGCCGUCAGCUCUCGGCUGAGCUGUGCGUGGUUCGGACAGGGUGUCUGGAAGGAGCCCAGGACCCAUGGGGCUCUGGGUCCAUGGGAAGGCAGAGCACUCCUGCCCCCUCCAACACACACACCUCCUCCAGGCAGUCCACCGCCACUGCUCUCCCUUCUCUUCCUGAUCUUGUCACCCCCUGACAAGUGAGACAGAGCCUCACUGGGCCCUUGACCCCAGAGAACUGCAGAUGGUGCCCACGGUGAGGGUGGGAGCUGAGGGGCCCAGAGCUGACUGCUGGUAGCCAAGGAGUCCCCAGCCAAAUUCAGAAUUCAGGACGCCACCAUCCGGGUCUGCAGAGGGCCCUGCCCGGUGCUGGAGGCACAACCGUGUGCCACACACAUGCUCCCUGCAGAGCGGGAGUGCCCAGGACCCAGAGGGAGGUGGCAUGUGCCCUCUGUUCACACGUGGGGCCUCCAGCAGGCCAGCGGCACGCCUGGUGCAGGUGUGCCGAGUCCCCGGCCGCCUGGCGGUGACGGUGGGGGGGCAGGGGUCCCCUGAGGCCAGUGGUGGCUGGACCAGGCACCACGGGGCUCCUCAGAUCAGUUGGUGAUGAUGGGAAUUUUGAGAGCCAGUUGAAAAUCAUAGCCAUUGUUAAAAUUCAGUAUAAAUUUAUAUUUAGAUUUUAUUUAUGUACUGAGAGAAAAAGCUAAUAUAUAUGCAGCACGCUGCUCGCUACCGAUUUUGCCGCCUUCUGCUGUGACGCAGCCUUUGAGGUCCUCUGGCAGUGGGCAUGGCAGCCGCGGCGUCUGUGCACGUGCCGGCACCAGGAGUCCACGCGGGCUGCAGGGCAGGCGCUGGCGUGGGGUCGGCCUGGCCUGAGGGCCGAGGGCCCCACUGUGUGCGAGCCGUUCCUGCAGAACACGCAGGCGUGCUGGGAGCUACACAGCGGCUCCCCUCCCACGCCCAGGUGGGAAACCCUUCUUGCGCCCACUCUCCUCGCCCUGCAGCUUGGCUGCCGCUGGCCCCGUGUCCACGUCCGACCUCAGCUCAGAAUGAAGGUGCUCACUGGGCGCUGGCUCCGUGCACGUCUGCUGGGGUUUGCAUGCUGCCACUCGGGGCCCAGAAGAGCCUCUCUUCUCCGGAAGCUUCCGUGGGGCCCAGGCUAACCUCAGCCGCUCUCCCUGGUGUCGAGAUCUUGGAAGGCCGUGUCCUUGGCCCUGGUGUUUGGGUGUCCUCCUCUGUUUUCCCGUUUCCGAUGCUCUGUGAGUGUUCCUGUCUGGUGUGUCCCGGUGCCCCGUGUCCGUGUGCUGCAUGUGUGAACCCCAGUACAUCCUGCGUCUGGGGCUUUCUCCCUGUGUCCAGCCGGCCCUGUUGUGAGCUCAUCUUCCCAGGACGCCCUCCGUGUCUGAUUCCCGAUUGCCACAGUGUCUGUCCACACGCGAGUUCCCGCACACCCGAGCCCACUGUGCAGUGCGUGUCUCCCGUGUGGAAGUGUGUCCAGUCGUGUGCCAGGUGACACAUGCGUGUAUCCGCUGCAGAGAUGUUCCAUGUACGUCAGAUUAAUAAAUGAGCGGUUUUAGCUCCAUUCUACUCCAA